AACCAAGCUCACAACAUCUUCAAACACCCCACCCUUCCUCUCUUAACCUUUUUUUUUCUUUGGUUUGGGGCUUUGUGCCUCAAUUAAUAAAUUUCUCUCUCACCCUUUUCUUUCUUGUUCUUCUUGUUUCUUCUUGUCCUUGUUGAUGACCUUUGUUAUUUAUUCCCAUCCCCCCUACACUUUUAUUGGGCUAUAAAAAGUCAGCUUGAGUUGCUUCAAUUGUAGCUCAGUUGGGUUGAGUUAAAAAUAUAUAUUGAGAGAUAAAAUAGGCUAAAGUUUAUUUUGAAGGCUAUAUAAUUAGUUUGUUUUUUUGAAGGCUGAGUUUUAGUUUUUUUUAAGGGUGUUUGUACUCUCUUUUUUCUUUUGGUUUUAAGAGAUGGAGAAGCUUAACUUUGUUAAGAAUGGUGUGCUAAGAUUGCCUCCUGGAUUUCGAUUCCACCCAACAGAUGAGGAGCUUGUUGUUCAGUACUUGAAGCGCAAGGUGUUUUCGUGCCCUUUACCUGCCUCUAUCAUUCCUGAAGUCGAUGUUUGCAAGUUUGAUCCUUGGGAUUUGCCAGGUGAUUUGGAGCAAGAGAGGUACUACUUCAGCACAAGGGAAGCCAAGUAUCCCAAUGGGAACCGAUCCAACAGAGCCACAGGUUCUGGUUACUGGAAAGCCACCGGAAUUGACAAGCAAAUUGUAACUUCAAGGGGCAACCAAGUUGUGGGGAUGAAGAAAACUCUGGUUUUUUAUAGAGGAAAACCCCCACACGGUUCUAGGACUGAUUGGAUUAUGCAUGAGUAUCGCUUUGUUACUGCUGAAACCUCACCCUCAAAUGCCCCACAAAACAAGACCUCAACCGAGAGCUCUGUGGUUCCAAUGGAGAAUUGGGUUCUCUGCCGCAUAUUUUUGAAGAAAAGAAGUAAUAAAAGCGAGGAUGACAAUGUACAAACCGGGAAGGAAAACACUGUUGGAAAACUCAGGACUACUAAGCCUGUUUUCUAUGACUUCAUGACAAAGGGGAGGACUGAUUUGAAUGUUGCCCCUGCUUCCUCUUCUUCAGGUUCAAGUGGAGUCACCGAGGUCUCUUCUAAUGAAUCAGAUCACGAAGAAAGCAGUAGUUGCAAUAGUUUCCCCCACUUUAGAAGAAAACCAACUAGUUUAUAAAUCUUCUUACUAGUUCUUUGUACCAGUAAGUAAAAUUGGGCAAAUCUGAUUUCAUAUCAGUAAGUUUCUAUGUCUCCUAUAUGUGAUCAUCACUUAAUCGGCAUCAAAUUGUCUUUAGAAACGUCGAGAGCCAUGGAUGUUAACGUCUUGGUACUUUGUAAUCAAAUCCCAAAUCUUCAAAAUUAUGGUAUCAAUCUGUAUUUGCAUUUGAAACA